GUGUUACUUCCGCCUUGCCUCGACUUGAUCUUUCUUUCCCUCUGCUCCGCCGUACGCCAUCAUGGGUCGUAUGCACGCUCCCGGAAAGGGCUUGUCCCAGUCAGCGCUUCCUUACAGACGCAGUGUGCCUACUUGGCUUAAACUGACCUCCGAUGAUGUGAAGGAGCAGAUCUUUAAACUGGCCAAAAAGGGUCUGACACCCUCUCAGAUUGGUGUGAUCCUGAGGGAUUCUCAUGGUGUGGCUCAGGUGCGCUUUGUCACUGGCAACAAGAUCCUCAGGAUCCUGAAGUCCAAGGGUCUGGCCCCUGACCUGCCCGAGGAUCUCUACCACCUGAUCAAGAAGGCUGUCGCUGUGAGGAAGCACUUGGAGAGGAACAGAAAGGACAAGGAUGCCAAGUUUCGCCUGAUUCUCGUUGAGAGCAGGAUCCACAGGCUGGCCCGUUACUACAAGACCAAGAGAGUGCUCGCUCCCAACUGGAAGUACGAGUCCUCAACAGCAUCUGCUCUGGUGGCAUAAAUGCAUCAAAUUUUUUUUGCGAAAAAAAUAAAGAUUUCAAUUUCAA